AUGGCCUAUGCAAAUCCUCUCCUUUCAUCAGAACCGACUGAAUCCUGCGAAACCAUCUCUCCGUACCCGUUCAAGCCAUAUAACCUAACUUCUCUAGACACGGCCUCCUCCUCUCCUCACCAUUUCACAUCGCUAUCCUUCUUCCUCCCACCAAACAAACUCCCUCAUGCCCUAAACCGCCUAGAGGGCGCCAUUCUCCGUCUCAUUUCCCACUAUCCAUUCCUUACGGGGAGCGUCAACGCGCGGUCCGGAGAACCAACCUCAAGUCCCGGACCCAGACCCAAUGGACAGAGCGGUGAUAUCUUCGAAAUCCAACCUGUCACGGCAUCUCUCAUGCAGCACAUCCCGAUGCUUCAGACACAGCAUCACACAGUGCCCAGCGCGCUCUCGCCAUCCGACCACCUUCCUCGUACAUUCCUGCCCUUUCAUAUUUCCUCGCCCACGGAACAGUCACCUGCGCUGCGAUGCAAAGCCAAUGUUCUCGGCACUCGGCUCGUGCUAGUUUUCGGUUGGGAUACCCGCGUGAUGGACCCCGGCGGAGUAUAUGCUGUAGUGCGCGCGCUGGCAGAGUUCUGUCGCGAUCCGGGCGCUCUGAGGGAGGAGAUGCCUGUUUCGGACCCGUGGGCGCAAGCGCGGGAGCAGGGCGAGAUUGCGUCUGAGGAUGCUCUCGGCGGUCUAGCCCGAUGUACUCUUCGCCAUUGGAACGGAGGGAUGCGAAGCUGGCAGAGUAUGAUGCCGUCGGCGUCGGACGUCACGGCGCAACCAGAGACACGCACAGCGCAGUUGAACGGGGAUAAAGUCGCAAUGCUGACGGAUGCGUGUAAUCUGCUCGUGGCACGGGUCGCGCCGGACGCUUGUCCUCGGCGACUGGAUCAGGAGGAUGUGGUUUCCGCGGUGGUCGGGAUUUGCGGAUCGAGGGCGAGGGAUCAUUCUGCUGCUGCUGCGCAUACCGACCGAGGGACUGUCGCCGUAUCCGCCGACUUGCGACAGCUCUCGUCACUGUCGACUCCGGCGACAUACAUGGGGAACGCUACCGUGUCGAUACCCGUCCCUGUUCAGCCGAAUAGCCUCCCUGCACUUGACGAUGCGCAGAUGCAAUCCCUGCUGCCGGAUAUCUCGCCGCGGGAUCUCUAUCGGAUCUGCAGUCUUGCGGCUUCUCUCCAAGGGCGGAUUAAUGCAAUGGAAAAGGGUGACGACACGAACAUGACCUGGAAUGCGGAAGGCUGGGGGAUGAGCCCGGAAAAUAGAAUGAGAAUCCACACACUGCGACCGAUGGAUUUCUAUAUGGAUUUCGGACCACUAGGCGGUGUCCAUGAUGUCAAUGUUCCCUCGGCAAGGGAGAAUGGGACAUGUUGGGUUCUUCCGGAGAAAGAACGCGGUGGUGGUUGGGAUGUGGCGGUCACGGUUGAGCGAGAGGCCAUGCAGAAGUUGCGAGCGGAUAGAUUCAUGAGGUGGAUUGUCGAUGGAGUGGGUUUCUGA